GUUUUAUGCAAGUGAACACGAAUACAGUGGAUUACAUAUAGUUCGGCCAUCAACUGGGAGAAUUGUGAAUGAACUUUUCAGAGAGGCAAGGGAACAUGGGGCUGUCCCUCUGAAUGAAGCCACAAGAACUUCAGGUGAUGACAAAUCUAAGUCAUUUACAGGUGGAGGAUAUAGAUUGGGUAAUUCCUUUUGUAAGCGGUCUGAAUACAUCUAUGGAGAAAGUCAGCUGCAAGAUGUUCAGAUUUUAUUGAAACUAUGGAGCAAUGGUUUCAGUUUAGAUGAUGGGGAAUUGAGACCUUACAGUGAUCCAACAAAUGCUCAAUUUCUGGAGUCUGUUAAGAGAGGAGAGAUUCCCCUGGAGCUUCAGCGACUGGUUCAUGGUGGCCAAGUGAAUUUGGAUAUGGAGGAUCAUCAGGAUCAAGAAUAUAUAAAACCUAGAUUGAGAUUCAAGGCUUUUAGUGGAGAAGGGCAAAAACUUGGAAG